CUCCGCAGGGUCCAUCAAGCAGCAGUGGCAUGGCGGCGGCUUACGGAACGCGGAGCGUCGAGGUCUACGAGAAGGUCAAGUGCGUCGGCUCGGGCACGUACGGCUGCGUGUACGAGGCCAAGCACAAGGCGACGGGCGAGCGCGUGGCCAUGAAGAAGAUCAAGACGCUGAACGAAGCCGAGGGCAUCCCGAUCACGACGCUGCGCGAGAUCGCGGCGCUCAAGGCGCUGCGCCACCCGAACCUCGUCCAGCUCAAAGAGGUCGUCGUGAGCAAGCAGAAGGACGACAACGACGACGAUCUUGGCGGUGGCGGCGCCGCCGCCGACGACAGCGCGUACUCGAACCAUGGGACCGAGACCGGCGUCGACUACGCCAGCGGUUCGAUCUACCUCGUGCUCGAGUUUGUUCCGCACGACUUGACGGGUCUGCUUCAGUCGGGCCACGUCUUUACCGAAGUCGCCGCCAAGUACAUCAUGAAGCAACUCCUUGAAGCGCUACAGUACAUGCAUCUGCGCGACGUCGUCCAUCGAGACAUCAAGUGCUCCAACAUCCUUCUCACGGCCGACCACGAGGUCAAGCUCGCCGACUAUGGCCUUGCACGCACGGCGAGGACGAACCCCAAGUUUACCAACAAGGUGGUCACGCUCUGGUACCGUGCCCCUGAGCUGCUUCUCGGCGGCAACGACUAUGACGGAAGCAUCGACAUGUGGAGCGCGGGCUGCGUCAUGGCCGAGCUCUUCCUCGGGCAUCCCAUCUUUGCGGGCAAGGUCGAAGCCGAUCAAAUGGCCAAGAUCAUCGACGUCUGUGGCAGCGCUGUCGAAGAAGUGAAUGGCAUCUCGCACUUGCCCCACUAUGAAAAGUUCAUUCAACCGGACAAGCGCACGUGGCAGCUCAAGACGAUGAUGAACAGCAAGGCGGAGAAGCGCAAGCGGCCGCUGCCCAAAGGCUUUCUCGAGCUGCUCGACAAGCUGCUGCAGAUCGACCCGAAGAAGCGCUUCAACGCCGAGCAAGCGCUCCAGUCCGAGUACUUUCGGUCGCAUCCACAUCUCCAGGACCCGGCCACGGUCUCGACGUGGAUUCCGACCAUCACGAGCGCGAGCUGCCACGAAAUGGCCACGCGCAAGGCCAAGAAAGAGUCGGGCGCCCAAGCCAUUCUCAACGCUGCGAGUAAAUCCAAGCACCAGCUCGCAGAGAAGAGCAAGCACCCGCUCGAGAAGAAGCCGCGUGCGGCCAUGCCACCAGCACCACCGUCAGCGACGUCGCUUUUCAUCUCCAAGCUUGGGUACACCACCGCCCCUUUACCACGCUACUGCAAUAUUGCGUAG